AUGAUGCACCCGUCGCGCCAGGCGUACGUGGAGGAGGCCGAAGAGGAUCGCGGCAUCAGUCUAGACGAGAUCCCCAUAGACCGCGACUAUGACAUGCCCUCAGCUUCCGCGGGCAUUGCGCCCGAGAAGGCCUCCGCCAUCCUCGGACAAUUCGAGCGCAAGAGGAUGGCUGCAAAUAUUGCCGUUCCUACAGACGACGGCCGCGUGCGCGCGAAGCUCCGAGAGCUCGGCGAGCCUAUCACACUCUUUGGCGAGGGCCCAGGAGAUCGUCGCGACCGACUAAGAGGGCUGUUGUUGAAUAUACAGACGGGUCAGGGAACAGGCGAGGCAGGAGAUGUCGCCAUGGAGGAUGCGCCGGACGAAGACCAAGCCGACCAGGAAGAGGAGUUCUACACGAAUGGCAGCCCCGAGCUGCUACGAGCACGGCAAGAGAUCGCGCGGUUCUCUCUACCGCGGGCGAAGCAAAGACUAGCAUUCCAGAAGCAAGAGGCAACGAUACCAUUACGAACGCACGUCAAAUUUCGCAAGCAAAUUAAGGAACGAUUGCAAGGUUUCGAGCUUCAAGGCAGUCAGACAGCAGGAGAUAGACACGUUAGCAUGACGAGGAUAUCACCGAACGGGCAGCUUGUUGCUGCAGGCAACUUCGGAGGUUCAAUCAAGCUAAUCGAGAUACCCUCGCUCGAGGAGAAGAUGACGCUACGGGGACACAACAAUAAGGUCAGUGGCAUAUCGUGGUUUCCGGGCGCCACCUUGCCAGAAAGCAAUGUCUCGCCGGACUCCGUCAAUAUGGCAUCAGGCGGUGCAGAGGGACACAUAAAUCUCUGGUCUUUGACUCAGGAUACACCCCUUUCAACACUCGAGGGACACGGCCAGCGGGUCUGCAGAGUCGAGUUUCAUCCUUCCGGGCGGCACCUCGCUUCGGCGUCCGAGGACACAACAUGGCGACUCUGGGACGUGGAAACGACUACAGAGCUCCUACUUCAAGAAGGACAUUCUCGAGGUGUCUUCGCUGUGAGUUACAACUCGGACGGAUCGCUGUUAGCCAGUGGAGGUCUCGACAGCAUUGGCAGGAUAUGGGACCUACGAUCGGGUAGAACAGUGAUGAUUCUAGACGGUCAUUUAGAUGGUCAUAUCAAGCCGAUCCACGGGAUUGACUGGGGCUCGGACGGCCACCGGGUGCUGACAGGCUCGGCAGACGGCUGGAUAAAAUGCUGGGACGUAAGGAAAGUACAAAGAACAGGUGGGAUCGGAGCGCAUAGCAGCGCGGUCUCAGAUCUCAGAUGGUACAAGGGAUUAGACGAUCCAAUAUUCGGCAACGCACCUGGGAUGGAUGAGAAGGGCAACCAGCUUCCGAAGAAAUCGGGUACCUUCUUUGUAUCGAGUGGGAUCGACCGCAAGGUCAACAUCUUCUCAGCUGACGACUGGACACUCACACAAUCCUUGGAAGGCCAUACAGGCCCGGUGGCAAGCGUGGACAUCAGUCGAGACGGGAAAUGGAUCGUCAGUGGAGGGCAUGAUAGAACUGUCAAACUAUGGGGUAGGAAUGAUGGUGAGGGAGUUUAA